AUGGCAGAACAAGAAUAUCAACUUUCACUGACGGAGAUUGAACACUUCCUUGAGCACGGGUGGAUAAAGUUGUCGAAUUGCUUCUCACGAGAACAGGCAGCUGAGCUGCAAGAAACGCUAUGGAUCCGGCUCGGUAUGGAUCCAAACGACGUGUCAACAUGGCACACCGAACGAACGAACAUGCCAUGGUUCAACUCCUUCUCCGUCGCCACUCUAGCACCAAAAGCUUGGGGUGGUAUAUGUUCCCUCCUUGGGGGGUCCUCUCGCGUCAACCCCGAAGCUUCAACAUGGAAAGACAGCUUCAUCGUCAACCUCGGCACCCCCUCUAAGCGCAACAAAGUAGUCAAACCUCAGGAACUAAGAGGCUGGCACAUAGAUGGAGACUUCUUCGUCCACUACCUCGACUCGCCCGAGCAAGGACUUUUAGUAAUUCCGUUGUGGACGGACAUCAGCCCUGGGGGUGGUGGGACCAUGAUUUGCCCUAAAGCGAUCGGGGUUGUGGCGAAGCAUCUGUACGAGCAUCCGGAAGGGGUGAGUCCGAGGAUGACACCGAGGGCUCAGAAUCCGACGUUCAAGCAAGAGGAGACUGGAUUGAGAUGGUUCAAUGAGAUCGCCAUGUCUAUGGCCGAUUCAGACUUUAUCGAAGCAACGGGAGUCAUCGGCGACGUUUACCUCAUGCAUCCACUGAUGCUCCAUUCAGCCAGCAACAAUCAGUUACGGCAGGUUAGAGUCAUUACCAACCCUCCAGUUAGUAUUAAACAACCAUUUGUCUUUGAUAGGGAGGAUGGGGAUUAUUCGGUGGUGGAGAGAAAAACCAUGAGGGUGCUAGGGAAGGAGAGGUUGGAAGGGUGGAAGAUUACGAGCGAGAGACAGGGUAUUGUGCCUGAGAGAGUGAGGAUCCAGCAGGAGAUGAAAAGAAAGGAAGAGGAAAGGUUGAGGGCCUUGAAGAGUGGUGGCGAAGUAAAGCAGGAGGAGGUGGCUCCUGUAGUAUAA